AUGUCUGACACCGGCCGCAAACCACUCACAUCCCAAAUCGGAGAGACCAUCACACCAGAGUCUCAGAAGUCGAGUCUUGACAAGGCUAAGGAGGGUGUCACUGACACUGCCGACAGCAUUGCUGGUGCGGUUCAGCCUGGUGACAGCAAAUCCACUAGCCAAAAGCUUUCCGAUGAGACCAGUUCAGGUGCCAACACUGUUACUGACAAGUUGUCAGCCGCCGGCCAGAAUAUUCAAGAGUCUGCUUCCAACUUGACUCAACAAGCUCAAUCGAACGCCGGCGCAGCUGGUGAAGGAGGUCAAUCAUAUUUGCAACAAGCCCAAAAUCUUGCGGCAAGUGCGUUGAACACUGCUAGUGACGCUGCUGCCAACCUUGCCAACACUAUUGGUGGUGAGAAAAAAUAG